CGUGUAACUUCGAUGUUCGCAAGAGUGUGGAAUCUUCCAUAGGUACAACUACGACAUCCUUGUCGUCGUUCUUGGUAUUGGUUUCUUCGAUGAUAACAACAUCAGCACUAGCAAUAAUAAAUCAGCCAGUCAGUAGCAGCUGGAGCAAAAGCAACCCCAAAACCAACGAAGAUUCGAAAGGCAAAAAACCAUUCCCGGUUGUUUCCGUUUCGACGACGGCACACAACACGGAAGAAACACGACCAUGAGGGUAAAAAUGCACGACGAAACCACGAGGCUUGUGCGAAGGGAUGGGGAGGAGAGCAACGUCGGUUUCAGAUCGUACGAAGGAGUCGACAAUUACUACAACCUAGGCGACAAACAGCAGCACGAGGACGCAGAAGAGAACGAAGAUCGAAGCAAUCGAUACAAGAACCUGGCCCUGAUCGCCCUCACUACCCCGGGCGUCAAGUUCUUCAAGUCGGCACAGUCCUCCUUUCAGGAAUACCUGAUGACCGACAGGGAGCUCCAGAUGUCCGCAACGACGUACGGAGUCCUGCUCACGCUCAUUUCCAUGCCGAUUGUUCCGCUGCUGGGCGGGGCUCUGCUCGAUUACAAGAGGGGGGGCGACGGGCACCACCACCGGCACCAUCCCCACGCUUCGGGCACGAACCACCGAAAUGGAAGCCUCGUCGAAGAUGGCAGCGACGAUAGCGACGACGAGAGCCAGCACGACAUUGUCAGCAGCCUACGAACGAUCACCACCGCACCGUCCGGAACCGCGCUUGAUACGGACCAGAAGGCAUCGCAGUCCAACGCCUACUGCGGGUUUCUGGGCCUGACCCUCGCGGGGAUCGUCGUUUACGGCUUUGGCCUGGAAAAAAUGCACAGCAUCCCAAUCGGACUGCUCGGGGCCUUUGUCUUUGGCGUCGGGGAGGGCUGCGUGAUGGUAGCCGCCCGUGCCUUUGUCGGCCACGAAUUCUGGGGCGGGGACGGCGCCUUUGCCCAGGGCGUGCUCAUAGCCAUGAACAACCUUGCCAUGAUGGCCAGCAAAAACAUUGUGCCGUGGCUGAUCGAGACGCGGCGCCAAGAGUCUAUCCUUGCCGGGGAAGACAACGCCGAUGCGGACCACAGCAGCAUCCGCGUCGGAAUCCUGGCUUGCUGCGUCGUGCAGUUGGUCGCACUCGGUGCCGGCUGCCUGUACGCGCAGCGGAACGGUGGGUUCUGCGCCAAACCCCGCCGAGAGCGGGCACACGGACACCACCGGCACCACCCGGGAAGAUGGGAGCGACCACUGCCCGAGGGAGGAGAGACCGACGACGACGAGUGCGGGGGCCACUACUUCCGCAAAAACGCCCUGGCGUCGGGGCGGCAGACCCUGCACGCGAACAAGGCUCCAUCCCGCUGCGAGCGCUCGAGUUUUUCUAGCAUGGCGGCCCUGGUCAACCUCCCCCUGACCUUCUGGAUCGUGGCGAUCGGACGCGCUAUAUUCCUUGUCACGUUCAAGGUCUUCAGCCGGUACUCGAACUCCUUUUUGAUUGUAAGUGUGGCGGCGUUGUGUCCUUUCUCAGUGGUUGAGUUGUCCUUGUACAGGUGGUUUGCAGCGUUUUGAAUCCUGGUGGUCGUUCGUUGGUUCUUUAGUUCCUUUGUGCGUUUCUCACAAAUCCAACACUGCUGCGCAUGAAAUGGGGGUGUACAGGAGGAAUUCGACGUGAACGCGGUCAAGGCCGGAAGAAUAUCGAGCGUGAACGAAUUGUUUGCGCUCUUCUCGCCACUGGUAGGAUUUCUCGCCUACCGGUCGCCCGGUGGGAUUGUGGGCUUUGCACUGCUCGGUGCGGUGCUCGGAACGGCCAGCAUCGGAUCCCUGGCAUUUGUCCCCGCGUCCGUGGUCACGAACCACCUGCCGGGCGGCCCGCUGACCCCGCUGGUGGGGAUCUCGAUCGCUCACGGAAUCAUAAUCCCGAUCUCGAUCGCGAUGAUUCCCCACACGGUGCCCGCAACGCAGCUCGGGAUGGCCUUUGCCGUCUUUGAGGUCUUGGGAUCGACGCUCAACAUGACCGAUAUUGUCUUCGGGUGGCUGCGGGACACCUCUGGGAACUACGACAUUCCCAUGCAGCUCUUGUUCGGAUACGCGCUGGCCGGUAUGCUCCUGCUGUGGAUCUCCCGGAAACGUAUCGGAUCGAUCGGAAUCCUGGGGAACGAGGGUGGUGUGCGGUGAUGAAACGGAAGAGGGUCCACCGGGCGGAGAGACGGAUGAAACAUUCCAAAUA